AUUAUAGACCCAAGAUACUUAAAACUAUCCCUCUUACAAACAACCUGGGAAUCUAACCUCACCACCACUUCAUCCUCAUCCAUGGAACUGCUGUAAUCAUGGAAAAUGACAUGCUUAGCAGAUGUCUGGUAAGGGAGUUACUCAGCAAGGCUGGAAGCUCCCACCUGGUCAGAACUAUGAAGAUGGUAGUGGAUAAAUGGAAAUUAGCUUUUGGUGUUCAGGUGUACCUCAAUGAACUGUAGUUCUUGUUCGAAUUUCCUGAUAGGAAAAUGGCCGAACAAGUAAUGCUAGGUGACUGGAGAUGGAAACAAGAACCCCUUAAACUGAAAUGGUGGUUACUGGAGAUUGCUUAUGCUCAGGAGAAAGCAAUCACUGAUUGCUUCUGCAUCAUGGCUAUUGGUCUGCCUCUACAUCUUUUGUCAAGGGAGAUAAGGAAGAAAUGUGGUGGAUGGGUCAAAACAGAGGGGGAUAAUUAAAAAUCACGCCUAAGAUGGGCAGGAAUCAAAGUCAAGAGGGUUGCAGAGGAAGAUCCCAAAAUUUAUAGAAGUGGAGAAUGAUGGUUUGAUUUUCAGCUUAUCAAUCUAGUGUGAAUAUAUGCCGAUGGUGAAUGAAGGACGGCAGAAUGAUGAAGAAGACAAUUAACAAGCCUAUGGCUAUGCUUUGUGUGAAGUCCCAUCCAAUGCGGGUAGGGUGGCUGGGCAUGUGGGCCCAUCGUUUUAAAAUUUUAAACACCUGGAUAUACCUUUGGGACGUGUGAGUGAACUGGAUAAUAUGGGACUCAAUGGUUCAUGCUAUGACCUGUGUCUUUUGCUCUUCUAGAUUCUGUUUGGCCAAGCCAGCAAUUGAAAGUCUUGCAGCAAACACUUCUCUUCGGGAGCUCACAUUUGAUUUUUCAAUAGAAGGUAAGAGGGGCUUAAACCAAACUUUGGAUUUGGGUCGCAGACACAAUUCUUUCUGAAAGAAGAAAGAGUUUGGGCGUGAUUGCGAUUUUUCCAAAUGACUUCAGGUCUUAACCGAGGUGGGUUAAUUACUUGUAAAGAUUGGAGCUAACGGCUUAUAUGAUUCACAAAGUUGUGACUCACUUACAUUGCUAGAAUCGGUAGUAGUUUAAGAUACUCAAGUUCUAGUAAAUUCUUGCAAACUGCAAAUACUUCAAAUACGAGGUGGAAAUGGUGAAGAGGAGGAAGGGGGUUUUGGUAAUCAUGAGAACAAUGGUUUAUGUGGAGCAAUCACAACAAUUUUCAAUAGAGGAUAUUCAGAUUCAGUUAGCUGAGUUUCAUGGGUGUGAAGAGGAGGUGUGGUUGUUCCUGAAACUGGACAAGAAGAGGCAAGAGAAGUGAAAGAAAGCUAGCAAGUCUACUCCCUCUACCCCGAAACCAAAUGAUCAUAAUGAAGUGAAGAUUCUGCAAGUUGGAGUUAAAUUUUAAAGAUGGUGGUUCCACUAACAGGAAGAAACAAUUGGAAUAAUUCCCAAGGAAGAUACACAUUAUCUCAUGUAAUUUAAGGGGCUUGAGUGAUAUUGAAAAGAGGAGGGUGAUUAAAUCUUUUAUACAAGAGAUAAGACAGAUAUUUAUUGUACGGAUGGAAGGGAAGUAUGGCACGAUGGUCAAACAGCUGUGCAACAAUAGAUGGGUCGACUAUAUGUGGGUUUGUUGCAAACGGGAGAAUUGGAGGUAUCUUAGAAACAUUGGGAUAAAAGGAUGUGGAAAGGAGAGUUAUUGCACAGUGGUGUUCAUUCCAUUUCCUGUAAAUUCCCUUCUGACAGCAAGAACUUCAGCUGGUUCCUUUCUAGGGUUACGGUCUAAACUGCAUAAGGGAGAGACGGUGGGAGCUAGUUUCUACAAGAGGGGCUUGUGAAGGGGCUUGAGAGGUCUGUGGAGAUUUUAGUACUACCUAGUUUGUGAUUAAAAGAAAAAAAAACAACGGCAUUACCAGAGCUAUGAAGGAAUUCUCUGACAUAAUUGAGGACUUGGAACUAAUUGAUCCUCCACUGUUAUGUGAUAUUUAUACUUGGGAUAGGGGAAGCAAUCAUGAAUGCACUACAAGAAUCGAUAAAUUUCUUUUCUUUGUUUGGUGUAUAAAUAGUUCAAUAAUAUUAAACUAUCCUUGGGAUUUUCUCUAUCCACUGUCUAUUUCUUUAAAGCGUGGAGACUGGGAUUCUCUGAAUCAUAUUUCAAAUUUGAAAAUUGAUGGAUGGAUGUUGAAGGGUUUAAGCAAAAGGUGGAAGGCUGUGGAAUUCUUGUGUGAUCCAAGAAAGGCCAGAUUAUAUUUUGGCUUGCAAACUUAAAUUGCUGAAGAAUAAGCUAAAGGAAUGGAAUGCUUCUAAUGGUGGGAAUCUAAAGAAGAAGAUUAGUUUACUUAACCAGACUUCAUCUAUGGAUCUUGUGCACAAAGACCACUCAAUGAAUAUGAACUGCUGGGAAAAGUUGGAUUACACAUGGAAUUUCAAGGGUUUCAUGAAGAGGAAAUAUGAAACUGCGGCACUGUAGGAAUGAGAUUUUCACUGUUAAAUCAACUUAUCUUCACCGGUUUAAUUUAUAGGGCAGAACACAAGAAGUUGUCCAUGGAGGUAUGUAUGGGAAGUUAAGGCCCCUUUCAAGGUGGUCUGCUUCUCAUGGUUAGUGGCAAGGGAAGCUUAUCUAACUCAAGAAAUCUGAAAAGAAAGGGGUUCUAACUUUGUUCUAGGUGCUCUUUAUGUGGUUCAGCUUUAGAAAGCAACAAUCAUUUGUUCCUUCAUUGCCCACUGCUGAUCAGCUGUGGCAACUUCUCCUCAACAUUAUGGGACUCUGGGACUUAGAUGGACUUUCCCAGCAAUUACUAGUGAUAUGCUGCAGAGUUGGAAUAAGAAUAGGGGUGCAGUGCAACAGAAGAGUUGGAGACUGGUACCUGCCUGCAUAUGGUGGACAGUUUGGAAGGAGAGAAAUGCAAGAGUUUUUUAAGGCAAAUACGACCCAUUGCAGAAUGUUUUAAGUACUGUUGUUUCAUUUUUGGUGUAAAGAACGUAAUGUAUAGGAGUUAGAAUUCAAGUAGGCAUGUGUGGUUCAUUGUGAACUCAAAGUUCCUAUAUAUCUAUAUAUAUAACAUUGAGAUUACUUGCGUAGGUCCAAUGUACACUGCUCCUUUCAAUACAGAAGCUUUCUCCCUAGCUCUUCAGCAGCUCAUUCUCGUUUUUGUUGAAAUUUUGUUUAAGGAAAAACUGAAUAUAUCUGUAGCUUGCUCAAAGAUACUUUUGCUCUAGAUAUCAUGUUUUAGUGUGGUUUUUGAUUAGUCAGUUGCCUUCAAUGUCUCGGAACGAGAAGUAUUCCGGAGGUAUAUCUCAUUCACUGGAGUUAAGAAGAUUGAGGCUUACACCUUUAAAUUUAAUAAAGGCAUCAUAUAAAUAUUCGAUGGACCACCCAGAGAAGGAACUUUUGGUGGGUUAUUUUUUUGGUAAUUAAAGAAACUUUUUAUUAAUCACCAAGUGCAGAAAUACAAAGCUGAGGGACAACGUCUAUAUCCCCUCUCAAAACGUCACAAGAGAUCCUAUCUAUCCUCCUACCCAGAAAGCUCCCUAAAAGAUCUAAAACCCCACCUAUGUGAGUGGUUGAUCAGAGUAUCCAAGGGUUUACUGUUUUGCAGGAAGAUCCUAGUGUUGCUCUCGGUCCAGAUUGUAUAAAUUACUGCAGCAAAGCUGGCCUUUAAUAUUGUACCUCUGGCAUGCUUCCCCUUAGCAUGUUCUUCACCCAAUGCCACUCCUCCCAUGAUAGAAUAUUUCUCUUCCACUGUUGCAACUCCAAUAAAUUCCUCCAGAUUGUGUGAGUGUAACAGCAUUCAAAAAAGAUGUGAGUAGCAGUUUAAGGUGCAGCAGAGCAGAAAAUAUACUCAGUAUCGACUGGCAGGCCCCAGUUCAAGAGUAAAUCCUAUGUUCGCAGUUUACCAUGUAGUUGUAGUCACUGUAUAAAAAUGUCUUGGUUCAGCUAUAUUAUGACAAACUAGCUGUUUCCAUGCCACAUUUGGUACUUCUCCUCUUAGUCUCUUAUAAGUAGCUGAAAUAAGGAUUUUGCCUUUCUGUACUAGAUUGUUGUGGUUAGCAAGGAUCAGCCAAUACAUCCUCAUGAGGAUAAGUUUCCUAACCAGCCAUGAUGCUUGAGCCGGGAUUUAUAUAUCAGCAAUGUUCUGACCUUUAAUAUAGUAUGUGUUGACCCAAUUUAUCCCUCUCCUACUUACUAGGAGGGGGAUACAACCAGUCUCCGGUGCUCCUUGCCGGAAAACUCCUUUCUCCUUCUCCCAGUCCAGGCUACCACCUUCUGUGGUAGCCUCCCUCUCCUUCUCCUUUCUUUCUUGUCUCGCAUUAAGUCUCUCCCUUCUUUUCUCCUCAGAUCAGUAGUUUCAGUCAAUAACUAUGGCGAAGAAAGGAUUUACUUCAAUGCUGGCUAUAAAUCUUUUGACAUCUCCAAGUCUAUCUCUAGGUCAGAGACUUGGUUUGAAUGGACCGAGCGCAGCAAAAAUUUAAGUCAUGAAAUGGGUAGUUUUCGUCUUUAAUGAAGCAUCAAAGGAACACAGAAUGGCCGUCAGGAGAUGGAAAACAAGGGAUCACUUUUCUGAGUUCUUUUGUACCCUUAAAAGCUAAGUUGUUCGGACUCUUAAAAAAUGUCUAUGGGUGUGUGUCGGAUCCUCCAAAAAUAGUGUAUUUUUGAAUAUCCGACACGGGUGCAGUAACAUUUUUGGAGAGUCCGAGCAACUUAGCUUAAAAGUAAUGAAUAUGGUAAAUACAUCAGUUUCAUCGCAGUUCAGGGGGAAAACAGAUAAGUCAUAAUAACUCCUGAUAUUACAUUAAAUGCCGGAUGGACAGCUAUAGCAGAAAAAAUCACAAGGUUUAUUGGGGUCCCAAAGAAGGAAGAGAAAACAGUAGCAACAAGGAAGCUGCAGGAAAAAGUGUCGUUUGUGGAAGCCUUAAGAAGCAGCAAAUGGUCGACUCAGUCGUCAAAAAUCUUGGCACCUCAGACCAGCAAAUACAGACUUUUUCAACCUGGAACAACAUCAAUAUCAGAAGGUGAUGUUCUAGACAGAUGUAUAGUGGGAAAGCUUAUGGAUACAAGCCAAGAUACUCCAAGUCUGAACGAUCUAAGGAGAUGGGUGAGCAGUGUUUGGAGUACUUCACAUGGGAUUAAUGUCUAUGCCAUGAAUGACUAUCAGUUCCUUUUUGAACUCCCAUCAAGAAAGGAAGCAAAGCACAUAAUCAAUGGGGACUGAAGUUGGAAAAAAUCCGAACUAUCACUUGAAUGUUGGUCGCCUACUGUGGGAUGCUGGCCAGUAGAUAUAAAAAGAAGUUGGGUAUGGAUUCGCAUUUAUGCUCUCCCGCUGAAUUUGUGGUCGCAGAAUACCUUCGAGCAGAUCGGAGAUAUGUGGGGGGGCUGGAUCGAAACAGAGGAGGAAACUACCCUAAGAAACCACCUAAGGUGGGCUAGGGUUAAAGUGAGAGGAGACGGUUCUGAGGUGCCUAGGGAAGUAGAGAUACAAAGCGACGGUUUCAUCUUCAAAAUCCCGAUCUGCUAUGAAGUUCCGGCAACGGUGAGAAGGAAAGAGAAGACUGGAGAAGAAAACAUGGUAGAACCACUGGUUAAAAGGGGGACUGUCUCAAGAUCCGAGAAACCUAGUACAACCUAUCGGAUUUUUCACUUUCAAUAGCUGCAGGGCACGUGGGCACAGCGACAGCUGGUGAGCUAUUUAAUACUUGCACACGUGAGAAGCACGGGGGAGGUUUAAUGAAUCAAAGGGCCAAGACUAAAGAAAGGUUAGUAGGCCUCUUUUCAGGAAAAAGUAAACUUGGGCCUGACCCAGCAGCCCAUCUCAUUUUUAAUAAUAUCCACGUUUCAAAGAUGGAGGAAAGAAUUACUGCUCUAACAACAGAGGAUCUGGACAACUGCGAUCACCAAUUCCAGGUAGAGUCGCAUGCUGACCACCGAAAAACUUCAAAGGAAGGCUCGUACGCAGCCGUUGUUGGGAAUCGUGGCACCAUGGAGUCAACAGACAACACAGAAAUCGCUCUGUUGGUAGAUAUGCAAUGCAGUAAUAAGGGGGAAGUCAAUCUGACGCAAGUUGAGGAACCAAGGAACGACGCAAUUGCAAUCUCGGAGGAAAUUAGCUGGGUGGUAGAAGAUGCAGAACCACUACCCAUGCAAAUGCAAGAUAUGAUUCCUGAUAAAGAAAUAGAGGUGACUACCUCGGUUCAACAAAACCUACUCAAGUUGAGUAAAUUGAUCGGGGUGGACUUCCAGGGGCAUAAAGUGGAGGCUAUGGAAUUGUUAAAGCAAAUUGACAGUAGUAGACAGGCAAGAAAGAUGGAGCAAGACUAUAAAAGGACUAGAUUUAAAGGCGCGCAGGAACUUAAAAGCCUAGUGUCUUUUGAGGUGAAAUUCAAAGAUAAUGGCAAAAGGAGCAGGGGAAAGAGUUUGUCACUAGGUAACUCAUGAAUUUCAAACUAGUCUCAUGGAAUGUUAGGGGUCUCAAUGGGAGAGAUAAAAGAAGAUUGGUGAAGAGUUUGGCUUUGGAAUGGAGGGCUGAUAUAAUCUGUCUCCAAGAAACCAAACUGGAGGGAGAGAUAAAGGAGAUGAUAAGUCAGAUAUGGGGAGGUAGAUGGGUGAGACAUGCUCAACUUGAAGCCAGCGGUACUAGGGGCGGAAUUGCUUUUAUAUGGGAUAGCAGAACGUGGAAAGGAGAGGUGCUAGAAGUUGGUGCUUACACUAUCACAUGUAAGUUUGAAGCAAUUUUACAAGAGUCUCAUGUCACAUAACAGGGGUGUAUGCCCCAAAUUGUGGUUUUGAAAGAAGGCUAGUAUGGGAUGAAAUCAGUGCUAUUAGGAUGGGGUGUUUUCCAAAUUGUGUUGUUUGUGGAGAUUUUAACACAUGUAGGUACCCCACAGAAAAAAGAAAUUGCAAAAGAAGGUCCAGAUUCAUGAUGGAAUUCUCAGACCUUAUAGAAGAAUUGAAAUUGAUUGAUCUUAAUUUGGAAGGGGGUAGUUUCACAUGUUCAAAGGGGAUAAUCAUCUGGCAGCUUCUAGGAUUGAUAGAAUCCUUAUUUCAGAGGAAUGGGAUGGCAAAUUCAGCAAUAUCAAACAGAUUCUACUACAAAGAAUGGUUUCAGAUCACAAUCCAAUAGCUUUGCAGUGUGGAGUCUGGACACAUAACAAGUGCUACUUCAAAGUGGAGAAGUGGUGGCUAAGGACAGAAGGUUUCCGUGACAGAAUAAGAAGUUGGUGGAACUCUUUUCAGACUUCAGGAAAACCUGACUAUAGGCUUGCUUGCAAAUUCAAAGCUCUUAAAUCAAAGUUGAAAGAGUGGAGUAAAAGCUAUCAAGGGAACCUUAGUGCUCAGAAAAGAAGUCUGCUGGCGCAACUAACGGAAUGGGAAAACAUUCUGGUAGACAGAACUCUGAGUGAUGAGGAAAAAGUAAAGAAAGCUGAUUUGUUUAUGGAGUACGAGGAGCUGGUAAAUAACGAAGAGAUAUCCUGGAGGCAAAGAUCAAGAACACAAUGGCUAAAAGAAGGAGAUAUAAAUACUAAGUAUUUUCACAAAAUAGCUAAUGCCCACAAGAGAUAUAACAACAUAGAUCAAUAGAUGAUCCAAGGGGAAGUUACUGAAGAUCAGACAAAAAUCAGCGGGGAAAUAAUCAGCUUCUAUCAGAACUUAUACAUAGAAUCAGAGAGCUGGAGACCAGUCUACAAUUUUGCCAAUUGCCCUACCAUCUCAGAGCAGGACAAAUUGUAUCUGCAAUCAAAUUUUGAAGAACAAGAGGUCCUACAAUGCUUGAAGUGGUGCGCAAAAGACAAGGCCCCUGGGCCUGAUGGUCUCACCAUGGAUUUCCUGGGACAUAAUGAAGCAUGACAUAAUGGAAACCUUCAAGAAUUUCCACGAUCGUGAGAUUUUUUAGAAGACUUAUAAUGCCACCUUCAUAGCUCUUAUCCCAAAGAAGAAAGGAGCCAAAGAACUGAGAGACUUCAGACCCAUCAGUCUGAUAGGAAGUGUCUAAAAACUAUUUUUAAAGGUGCUGAUUGGGAGAUUAAAGAAGGUGAUAGAUAAGUUGGUAGACUCUCAACAAAUGACAUUCAUCAAGGGGAGACAAAUAAUGGAUGCAGUUUUGGUGGCAAAUGAAGCGGUGGACUCUAGAAUCAAACAGAAUAAACCUGGCAUUUUGUGUAAGCUAGAUAUAGAAAAGGCGUAUGAUCAUGUCAAUUGGUGUUUCCUUCUGGAUGUAGGUGUCCUACAGAGGAUGGGUUUUGGAAGUAAAUGGAUAAACUGGAUUAGGCAGUGUAUCUCAACAGUGUGUUUUUCAGUCCUUAUUAAUGGAUCCCCAACAGGUUUUUUUAAAGUUCAAAGAGGAUUGAGGCAAGGUUGGAUCAGUGGCUUUGAAAUGGAUAGAAGGGCAAACAACAGCAUGGAAAUAGCGCACCUACAAUAUGCUGAUGACACAUCAAUUUUUUGUGAUGCCAAUGCUGGCCAAUUAAAGUAUCUGAGGGUGAUUUUAAUACUUUUUGAAAGCGUGUCGGGGCUUCACAUUAAUUGGAGGAAGAGUUUUAUAUACCCUAUAUACCCUAUAAAUAAUGUUACUGAUAUGGAGUACCUAAUAUCAAUUCUGGGAGGUGAAGUCGGAAUUUUGCCUACUGUGUAUUUAGGCAUGCCUUUAGGGGCAAAAUUAAAGUCCAAGGAAAUUUGGAAUGAUGUUAUAGAAAGGUGUGAGAAGAAACUAUCUAGAUGGAAGUCUCAAUACUUGUCACUGGUAGGAAGAGUCACACUCAUCAACUCAGUGUUAGAUGCCCUACCUUCCUACAUGAUGACCCUCUUCCCUAUACCAGUUAGUGUUAUCAAAAGACUUGACAGCAUCAGGAAAUCUUUUUUGUGGCAAGGGAGCAAAGAAAAGAAAGGUUUUUAUCUAGUCAAAUGGAAGGCUAUAAUAGCAAGCCGAAAGAAAAGAGGUCUGGGAAUCAGGGACCUGAAAAUGCAAAGCAAGGCUUUAAAACUUAAAUGGCUUUGGAGAUACACAAAGGAAUACCAAAUGCUAUGGAGAAAAGCCAUCAAUGCUAAAUAUGAGGAGGAGGACAGGUGAAUGACUAAGGAGACAAACACUUCAUAUGGAGUAAGUCUAUGGAGGUCCAUCAGAGCACUAUGGCCUUUGCUGAAAACCAAGUGCUCCAUAAAAAUUGCAGAUGGGAGCAAAACUAACUUUUGGGCAGAUGUUUGGCUAGGUACUGAGAGCCUAAAAGAGAAGUUUCCAGAUACAACAUGACGCUUUACCAACAUAGAACAGUGGCGGAGCAGCGAUCAAAUGAGGGUUGGGAUAUCACUUUUAGAAGAAUGCCAAAUGAUUGGGAAGUGAGUAGGGUGACCUUUUUUUUCACCUUCCUGGAGACUUGGAGAGGCUUACAAGGAGUUGACAAACUAUGGUGGAAUAGUCACAGCAGCGGGAACUAACUACAGGGUGAACAUAGCCUACGAAGAUCUGUAUACUAGCAGACAGCCACCAGCCACCAGAGUGAAGAUUGGCCCUUGGCCCUGGAAACAUAUUUGGAAGCCAAAGAUGACCCCCUUAAAGGUUUCUUGUUUUGUAUGGCUUUUGACUAGAGAAGUUGUCCUUACUCAAGAAAAUUUGAUAAAAAGAGGAAUAAUAAUGUGCCCCAGAUGUUGUCUAUGUGGAGAAACAUCUGAGACUGUUAAACAUUUGUUUCUCCAUUGCAGCAAAGUGACAAGUCAAGUAUGGAGGAUCUUUUUGGUGCUCAGAGGGAUCACUUGGACAAUGCCAGUAAACAUUGCAACAACCUUGGCAAGCUGAGCAGAAGCAGGGAAGGAGGGAAGGAGACUAGAGACAAAAAAAGAUGGAGCAUUAUACCAGCAUGCAUAUGGUGGUCAAUUUGGAAAGAAAGGAACUCUAGGUGCUUUCAGAAUAGGAGCAUUACAGUUCAGCAAAUAAAAAUGAAUUGUAUUCUGCUUUUUUGUUUUUGGCGUAGACUAUCCUACUCAGUAGAAACUGUAGAAAUUCUGGAUGUACUAGACUCCAUUUAGUGGUGUAGAAUAGCUGCAGAUUCUGUGAGUUUUUUUUUCUGUAAAUAGGGGCUAAUGCCCCCAAACUACUGUGCAUUUGUGAAUCUUAAAAGUGAAAUAUACAAGUUAUCAGUUUCAAAAAAAAUUUAUCCAUAAAUUUGUCCUUUUUCAAGCUAAGAGCCCAAAGUAAUUUGCAUAGAGCAGCUAGGUUCCAGAUAUUUAGGGUCAACUGAUUUAACUUUUGGUGUUUUACUUUAUGACCUAGUAGAAUGCUCAGCCUUUUUACAUCUACAAGCAACCUACCUGUGUUGUACAUUAAGCUUCACCAGAAACUUGUCGCCUGAGGUUCCUUUUGAUGAAAACUUUUUAGUUUCAAAAUCAGGUAGCAUGCUCUUCAGUUUUUGUUUCUGCUUGCAUCAUUAUGUGUUUGUGGUUUACAAAUGUCAAGCUCUUGUCAUUGAUGUUGUAUGUGAUUGAACCUGUCUAAAAGAAAUAUCAGUGUUGUAUGUGAUUGCCAAUAAAGCCCUGUCAUACUAUUGUGUUCAGAAAGAAGACAAAUUUGUGUGGCAAAAGCCAAAUAACAUAAAAACUUGGGGCAGAAAAAGAAAAGGAAGAAAAUUAAUCUAAUGAAGCACAACCUUUUAGAGUUGCCAUGCCCCUUUGUGUGAUGAUGAUACUAUUCAUUUGGGAAAUUAUAAAAUGGUCCCUGAAACAUAAUUUGGCCAUGCUCUUCUGUGCAAGUUGUCUUUAGUACACUUCAAAGAUUCAAGGGAUCUCUUUAUGCAACUUUUUUUGGUGAUCAGGUAAGAACAAUAUUCAUUAAUGAGAGCUUUGCUACUGUUAAUCAAAGUUGGAACUGAAAACCUCAAAGUGCUUUUGGCUUUAUACUUAUUUUAGAAGUAUUUAAAAAUCUACCUUGUGUCAUUCUCUAUAAUGUGGUUGGAUAUUUGUCAGGUGAUAGUGAACGACUGCGUGACGUGUGUCACUUCAUUUUUACAGAUUCUAUGUUGAAACUGAAAACCUCAAAAAAAAAUAAUAGUAAUUAGCUGAACACUUAUUGGAGAACUAUUUCAAAAAACUAAUCAUGUCUCAUUCUCUAUAAUUUGGUUGAGGUAAUAGUCAGAUGAUAGUGACAGAAAUGCCUGGAGCCUCCAAAGAAACAAUGUAAAGUCGCUUAAUUGUUGAGCUUUCAUUUUUAUAGAGGUAAGGUGGUUUCUAUUAUUUGGCUAAGGUGGUAUGUGGGUAUUCAGUGGGAAUCAUGUGCUCCAAAGUGGCAGGAACACCAGUCAAUGCCACUUACUUGUCCAAUAGCUUACAGAUUGUAUCUUAUUGCUUGUUUAUUUUGAUAAGUAAUUUAUUCCUGAAUCCUUCAUCUUGUUUAGAUCAGGAAAUGACUUCUCUUCCUUCUUCCCUGUGCAGCAUCACGGUGUUUUAUUUUGUCAAGGAAGAGCCUCAUUGCAGAUUUGUUCCGAUA